AUGCAAAUUGUUAAAUCUUCUUAACAUUUAUUGUAGCUGAAAAAAAUAAGCAAUAAAAAAUCAGUACAUUCUGUUAAUGUGACUUGCUUUGCAACCAGUUCUGAAGUAUUGGUAAUAUCAAAGCACUAUCUAGGUAUACAAAAAUCCUAUCCAUACAAAAAUAUAUUUGCAAAUAAAUUAUUUUUUUCAGGACGAAUAUAUAGAUAGUAAUCACGAACUUGCUGAAUAUUAUAGCAGUAUUGAUGACUGCUAUAUUCUAUUCUGGCGAUUGUUCGCAGUUGCUCAUCUAUAGUAGCUCUUAUAUUGUUCUUGUCUGGCAGGUUUAAGAAAUCGCAACAGAAAACAAUUUACAAGUUAGAUUCUCUAUUCAGUAAGAUCCAUCUACACAACAUUGAAAUAAGAAACAAAAUCAAAUUUAUGA